CGAAAGGUGGGUGAGGGGUAGUAAAUUUAUCUCAUUUAGUAUAAAAAUAUAUUAGACAUGUUAGAAAGUACGAAUAUUCGUAUACAUAUUCGAGUAACACCGGGAAUACAUCGAAUAUCAAUGAAAAUAGGAUGAGUUGGAUGAGGUGAAGGAGAAGAAGAAGAGGCAAGAGGGUGAAAGAUGGGUUGUUGGUUGUAGGUGGGAGAAAGGAAAAAGGGGUGGGAGGAGAGAAAUCGAAACAACUGGUGCGCAUGUUGUUGGCACGCAGGAAUCAAUAGGGGGUGUGUGUCUUUUCGGUUGGGGUCGCUAGCAUAGUUGAGAAAGGGGGUUGAUUGUAGGUGGAGGUUCAGAUAGAAAGAGAUAGAAAUAGAAAUAGAAAGAAAGAAAGAGAGAGAGAGAGAGAGAGAGAUAGAACGAUUGCAGUGCCACACUGUUGCUGUCACUUGCAUUGCUCAAGACUUGGGUUAGGAAAAACGAGGAAAAGGUGGAAAACGUUGAGGACGACGACGAGGACAACGACGACGACGACGACGACGACGAGGAGGACGAGGACGAGGACAACGAAAACGCGGACAAUUGAGACGACGGUGGCGACUAAUACUCACCAUCAACAAUAUAGAGUAAUUUCUUAGCGACAUCUGACAAUAUAAAAGCACCUCGUCAUUGCUUACCUGAGAAAAACCACCACCUCGUUUCGAGUGUGUCAUCGUCGUCGUCCUCUUCAUCAUCAUCAUCCUCCUUCUUCUUCAGUUCAUCAAAUUUUUCUUCUUCUUCUUAAUCAUCAUUAUCAACGAGGAAGUAUAAUGGCCGACUCCGAGUUCGAAGAGUUUCGACAUUAUUUUGAGAGACUACCCCAACAUCUGAAAGCACCCCUUUCUAAUUACACGCUAGUGCACGAUGUUAUACUCGAUGACUCGCCUACGUCAUCCCAAGGAAGUGACGGUGAGGAGGUUGACGAUGCAAGAAGACCUUGCGAAGGUGUUGCUGGGGAUUCUGAAGAUGAAGAUGUUGUUGUUAUACACCGUCAUGAUAAUCAAAGUGGUCAUACUUCUGCUGACGAGAGCGAGGAUCUCGAUAAUCAUUGCUCAAUUGUGGCUGACAGCGACUUUAGGUUGGUAACAUCCUUGUUCGGUGGACUGAGCAGCAGGGGUCGAUCAGCAGGCGGCCCUGGUCCAGGUGGAGGUGGAACAACGUCAUCCGGAAAUGGUGGUAGAGACAGCGUAGUCAGCGACGUUGGUGAUUCCUGUUCGAGUUUGAGUUCCUGGCCAACACCGGAACACCUUCCAACGAAUCGGCCAGGUAGUGGUAGCGGAGAACGUAGACGUCGAAGAUUACCGGAAAUCCCUAAAGCUAAAAAAUGUAUACCCAGUGGUGGUGGUGGUGGUGGUGGUGUUGGCCAAGUGUCAAUGCAAAGUUCAUCUUCGUUAGCUGACGAAUUGAAUGCUGCAACAACAGGUUCUAACGUUGGGUCAACAAGUUCUAAUUCCGGAAGGCCUCAUCUCGUUUUACGAAAAUGUCAUCCUCGUUUAAGACACGAGGACAGUUCACCGGACAGCGAAAGGAUGGCUACGGAUAGUGGACAUUCGACUGCCCAUUCGCCAGAUAACGGACCCAAAAGUGUAUCACCUAUACCGUGCAAUACUUUACAAAACACAGAUUCCGUUUCACCUGGUAGCACUCCAGGAAGCGGAGGUGUACCAUUCACUCAAUUGGAGUUGUUGGAAGCAACCCAUCGUGGUUUGCACAAAUUCGUGCCUAGACAUCACGACGAAAUCGAUUUAGAAAUCGGUGAUCCGGUUUACGUACAAAAGGAAGCUGACGAUUUGUGGUGCGAAGGUGUCAACUUACGAACAGGAAGACAAGGUAUAUUUCCAUCAGCAUACGCAGUUGACAUUGAUUACAGUGAUUUCGAUCCUUCCGCACCUAAAGUCAAAAGGGAAAGAUAUCUUUUAGGAUAUUUGGGUUCAGUAGAAACCUUGGCGCACAAGGGUACAGGUGUCGUUUGCCAAGCUGUUCGUAGGAUCGUUGGUAAUUCAUCAGAUCAAUCACCAAUUUCACAAAGUUGCAUACUCGAAGUGUCCGAUCAAGGAUUACGUAUGGUGGACAGAAGUAAACCGCGGAAAAAUCAGGGUCCUUGUCACGAUUACUUUUAUUCUUUAAAAAAUGUAUCCUUCUGUGCAUUUCAUCCACGCGAUCAUCGUUACCUUGGUUUCAUCACGAAACAUCCAACGUUGCAAAGGUUUGCUUGUCACGUGUUCAUUGGUCAAGAAUCUACACGACCAGUUGCUGAAGCUGUUGGACGGGCCUUUCAUCGUUUCUAUACGAAAUUCAUCGAGACUGCUUUUCCUAUAGAAGACAUUUACAUUGAGUAAAAUGAAUUUAUUCUUUGGCCUGGGCCUCCUAUGGCGCAUCUUCUAUGGAAAAAGAAGAAAAAAAAGAUCUUGACACGCUGCUCCCUAUUUUCCCUUGUAAAUAAUUUUCCCUUUAGCUCUAAAUAUACUAAUUAUAUAUAUACGUGCGAAGAUGAAGAGGAAA